GAAGCAUGGUCCCACUACUAUACUGCGAAUAAUUACCCACUGGUCAUGUCUUCCGUGAAAAAACAAUAUCUUGCUCUUUUAUGUCUUGCUUUGAUGAUCGUUUGCUUAACAGUUGUUGUGAAGAAAUGGCACUUUGGUCUCAGAGGGAAUUUGGGGGAUCCUGCUCUGAACUCGGAUUUAACUCUGCUUCAGCUUAUAAGAGAGAGACAGCGGGAGAUCGCUCCGUUUUACACCUUAAAUCACGUGCAUGGAUCAUUGGAAGUACAGUCGACUUCUCCCGGCUCAGGCGCAGUAAGGAACACCACUUUGGGAUCGGAGGUUGGAUGCAGUGAUCUGAGCGGAGUGACAGUUGUGGAUUUUCUCGGCGCUGGUUACACGAAAACGGUGUUAAAAGUCGUUUUGGCGCAGGGUUUAGAGGUGGCGUUGAAAACCGUGAACCAUCAGGGGACGGACAUGAGAUCAUGCUUGGAGGAUUUUAGGGAUCCUGCAGGCUGCCAGGACCUCGUGUCCUUCAAACUGAGGAAGGAGAUCAUCCUGCUGCAGAGACUUCAGCACCCUAACAUUGUCGAGCUGAAAGGUCAGUGCCAGGACAGUGCCCUGGUGGGUGGCAUCACAGCAGUGCUGGAGCAGGGAACCCCGGUGCAGAUGAUUCAGCUCCUGCAGAGCCCCUGGGAAGAGCGCUUUCGGGUGUGUCUCGGCUUGGUCAGGCUUCUUCACUAUCUUUCGCUUUCUCCUCUGGGUUCCGUGGCCUUGCUGGACUUCCAGCCACGUCAGUUCAUCAUGGUGUCUGGUGAGCUCAAGCUGACUGAUCUGGAUGAUGCCAUCGUCACCGAGACAGGAUGCCGGACGAGUUCAGAUUGCGUGUUGCAGUUUCCGUUGCGCAACUUCACCUUUCCGUGCUCAGUUGGCGGUGUGUGUCAAGGCCUGAACGAGAUGAGGAACCUCUACAAUGCUUACAGAUAUUUCUUCAUCUAUCUGCUGCCUCAUCAGGCUCCAACAAUACUGAAACCUCUUGUGGAUCAGAUAAUGAACACAACAGGGGAACUGAAACACAGUGUUAACAAAACACUAGAGGCCUUUGAAGAAGUCUUGCGUGUAUACAAAUCUGGGCUGCAUCUCCAGCAAAUGCCUUCAUCUGUAAUUAAAGACUAUGCUGUGCUGAAAGCCAUGGGUACAUCCGGAAACAAGGAGUACAAAUGCUGGCCCUCCUACAGCCAUCAAGGAUGCAUGCUUUCUGUGCACAGUGCUGCAGAGGCUGCCCACAUCUGCAACUCUUACCCACAAUGCACCAGCUUCUCCUUCAGCGACCAAAAGACAUGGACAGGUCGACUUCUUGCCUCGUUCAGAAGUGGCUUCAGUCAUCUGGUUCCAGAUGUGAGCUCAACAGUCUAUGUUAGGACAGCCAAAGUCUCAGCAGCAGCUACUCUUUAAGGAAGGAGGGAAAAGAGGAAGAUGCUUUGGGGGGGUAACUAUGAAGUGAAUGAACGAGAUGUAUUUAUAGGCAUCACACUGAAAAGCCUGUUUGAUCUGCCUGCCAGUGCUGCACGCUGCCAAGAGGCGUCUAAAAGGAUUUCCCUUCAGGUAUAAUUACCUCUCCUUACACAAAAAGAAACACCCAGCCCUCUGUUUUUUCCCCUUUGCAGUUUUGUUUGUAUGGCACAGUCCAAUGAAAGGAUAUUGAGCCUUUUCUAUACAAGCUCUUACACAGAUUUACUUUGAAGUUAAUGGGGCCAGCGGUUCUGCGGCGUUGCGCUGCAUGCUGGUAUGCCUUAAACGCGGUGUUGCGACAGGCAAGACAACAACAGAAAAAGUACUGAAAUUACAGCUGUGUACGAGCCGAGCUGUAGUUCUAUAAGUAAAUAACUAGUUUAGGAUCACUUUACUGAUCAUUGCUGUCUUUUUUUUUAUUUUUUUAUUCCAGUCUACAUUUUCAUCCAAUGGAUGCGAUCGACCUUGUUGUUCUUUCAGAGAAAGAGUCACUGUUCUUUGACAUUUUUGAUAUGUUGUGUAGUGUGUUUUU